AUCAAAUUAGGGUUUCCCCAAGCCCACAGGCGCGCCGACUCACAUAUAUAAGCUAUGCAGUUAACUCCUCAGCCGGUGCGGUGCAGUUUUUUACUCUGCCCUCCUCACCCCAAAAACCCAAAAAAAAUAAUUUUCAGUUUUCCCGUUCGUUUUAUAUUUCCGUCGUACCGGUUCGAAUUUCGGACCGUCUUAUCCCCGAUUUUUGCCCCCUCUUCUCUGUAUCCUCAGAAAAAAACCAAAAAAUCUGCCAGAUUAUCACUUCCGGUCCUUAGGUUUUUUUCAACUUUAUCGCCGCCGGUCCAUUGAACUUUCGUUUCUCGUUGUCUGUUAUCUCUAGGGUUUAUUAUAACCCGAACUGAAAAAUCUUAAAAAGAGAACCAAUUUGAAGUGAGGGUUUUGUGAUUUUGGUGUGAUGGCUCAGAUUCAAGUUCAGCAUCAGCCUCCGGUGACCGGACCGAACGGCGUCGCCGCCAACGCCGGUGGCGCUCCUGGCCAGUUCGUAUCGACGUCGCUGUACGUUGGGGAUCUGGACCAGAAUGUGACCGACUCGCAGCUUUACGAUCUGUUCAACCAGGUCGGCCAGGUCGUGUCGGUGAGGGUCUGCAGAGACCUGAGUACUCGCCGAUCUCUCGGCUAUGGCUACGUCAACUAUAGCAACCCUCAAGAUGCUGCGAGGGCACUGGAUGUUCUGAACUUCACUCCCCUGAACAACAAAUCCAUCAGGAUUAUGUAUUCUCACCGGGACCCUAGUAUUAGAAAGAGUGGAACCGGAAAUAUAUUUAUCAAGAAUCUGGACAAGGCAAUUGACCACAAAGCAUUGCAUGAUACCUUUUCUUCUUUCGGAAAUAUUCUUUCUUGCAAGAUAGCCACUGAUGGCACCGGCCAAUCGAAGGGCUAUGGUUUUGUGCAGUUUGAUAGUGAAGAAGCUGCUCAGAGUGCAAUAGAUAAGUUAAAUGGCAUGCUGAUUAAUGAUAAGCCAGUAUUUGUGGGACACUUUCUUCGCAAGCAGGAGAGAGAUGGCGCUUGGAAUAAGACAAAAUUCAAUAAUGUCUAUGUGAAAAAUAUAUCAGAAUCUACAACAGAAGAUGAUUUGAAGAAAAUUUUUGGUGAGCAUGGACAAAUUACCAGUGUUGUAGUGAUGAGGGAUGGGGAUGGCAAGUCAAGGUGUUUUGGUUUUGUCAACUUUGAGGAUCCAGAUGCAGCUGCGAAGGCUGUUGACAAUCUGAAUGGAAAGAAAUUCGAUGAGAAGGAGUGGUAUGUUGGGAAAGCCCAGAAAAAGUAUGAGAGAGAACUUGAACUGAAGGAGAGAUUUGAGCAGAGUAUGAAGGAAGCUAGUGAUAAAUUUCAAGGGGUCAAUUUGUAUAUCAAAAACUUGGACGAUAGCAUUAGUGAUGAAAAACUGAAGGAAUUAUUCUCAGAGUAUGGUACAGUUUCUUCAUGCAAGGUUAUGCGGGAUCCUGAUGGAAAUAGUAGAGGUUCUGGUUUUGUUGCCUUUUCAACUACUGAAGAAGCAUCUCGAGCUCUUGCUGAGAUGAAUGGCAAAAUGGUUGUUAGCAAACCUCUGUAUGUUGCACUUGCCCAAAGGAAAGAAGAGAGAAGAGCAAGAUUGCAGGCUCAGUUUUCUCAAAUGAGGCCAGUUGCAAUGGCACCUUCAGUGGCACCUCGUAUGCCAAUGUACCCUCCUGGUGCUCCAGGUCUAGGACAACAAUUUUUGUAUGGGCAGGCACCUCCAUCGAUAAUUCCUCCACAGGCUGGAUUUGGUUACCAACAGCAACUUGUGCCUGGAAUAAGGCCUGGUGGUGCUCCAAUGCCAAACUUCUUUGUUCCAAUGGUCCAGCAGGGUCCUCAGGGCCAACGCCCAGGAGGUCGACGUGGGGCCGGUCCUGUGCAACAAAACCAGCAGCCAGUCCCAAUGAUGCAGCAGCAUAUGCUUCCUAGGGGACGCGUGUAUCGCUAUCCACCUGGUCGCAACAUGCAGGAAGUUCCAUUUUCGGGAGUUCCCAGUGGUAUGCUUUCAGUACCAUAUGACAUGGGUGGCAUCCCAAUGCGAGAUGCUGCAGGAGGGCAGGGUGUUCCAGCCUUGGCCACAGCCCUUGCAAAUGCUUCAACUGAGCAGCAGAGGACGAUGCUUGGUGAGGCUUUAUAUCCCCUAGUUGACCAGUUGGAGCACGAGUCAGCAGCUAAGGUGACAGGCAUGCUUUUGGAGAUGGACCAGACUGAAGUUUUGCAUUUGCUCGAGUCACCGGAGGCUUUGAAGGCAAAAGUGGCCGAGGCCAUGGAGGUCCUGAGAAAUGUUGCCCAACAGCAGGCUAACAGCAGCGCUGAUCAACUAUCUUCAUUGUCUCUGAAUGACAACCUUGUCUCAUAAAUGAGAUUGUGGCAUCUGGUGUUUCCUCGCUAUGUGGGGAAGUCUUUGGCAGAAGUUUUCGUUUGAUGUUGGGAGUGAUUGUAGCUUUUUCAAAAUUAGAACCUAGACUUAAUUUCCUCCUGCAAUUUUUGUUUUGUUUUUGGUUUUUGGUUGUGUAGGAUUUUUACCGUUGCUACAUUUGGCUUGCAUCAUGGAUUCAUGGUUUUGGUUAAUUUAAUGACUUUAGACAUUUUCUUAAA